AUGAAGUCCCUCUAUCGAGUAUUUUACCGCGACAAGAAGCUACUCUGGCUGCCGCUAUUUUUAUUCUCGCUACCGGCGUUUUAUUUUCUUGUCGACGACUCUUUCGGCAGCAGGUCCAAUUCUCAGAAGGCAAAUGAGAUCUCGAAUGAUCAGCUAACGGUGAUCAACGACUAUCUGUACCGGCUGCAGUUUUUAGAAAGGGAAAACAACGACCUGUUCGUCGAACUGCGUAGUCAGAUCGAUGCGUUAGUGAAUGUGCUGUAUGUGUGCACGAACAGCUCGAUGCCCGGUGGGGGCACGAACUUCAGCUUGGUUUCCGGUGCUGGUGCUAAUGUCGGCGCUGUUCACCUUAACCUCACUGCACUCGGCAACUUCACGCGGUCACCGUACCUGCUGUUGAACGCGUUGGUGAACAACGGCGACCUGGCCGUGCCGAAUAUCUACGUGCACUUUGCACAUCUGUUGCGACACCCUGACUCGUUGGUGCCGGCAGUGAGGAUGUCGCGCAACCGGCGAGGUCGACUGGUGAUCGGCGUGCCGACUGUCAAACGGGCUAAAACGACGUACCUCAUCAGCACGCUACGGUCGUUGAUCGACAACCUGAACAACGGCGAAGCAGCUCAGGUGGUCAUCGUGGUGUUCAUCGGCGAGCCGGGAGUCACCGAGUUCGUGCUACAACAACUGAAAAUGCUGCGAGACGAAUUCGACGAACAUUUUUCAUCUGGCAUGCUCGAAGUGCUGGUUCCACCAAAAAACUAUUAUCCAGACUUCAGUGCCAUCCGGUCGACAUUCAAUGACGACAAGCAAAGGAUGCGUUGGCGAACCAAGCAGAACCUCGACUAUAUUUAUUUGAUGAUGUAUUGCCAGAAACGGGCACCGUUUUAUCUACAGUUGGAGGAUGACGUAGUGACGCGCAAGUCGUACUUUUCGACCAUGUUCAAGUUCGUACACGAAAACGAACCCAUUCCGUGGUUUAUGCUGCAGUUCUCGUCGUUGGGCUUCAUCGCAAAGUUCUUUCGCACAAGUUCCUUGCCAAAACUCAUCGAGUUCCUGAUUCUGUUCUACCAGGAGAAGCCUGUCGAUUGGCUACUUGACCAUUUUAUGUAUGUGCGUUAUUGCAACCCGGACAAAUCGGCCAAAGAUUGUAAGGAGGCGAAAAGCAAGCAUGGUCUCGUCUAUAAGCCGAGUCUGUUUCAACACAUCGGCGUUCACAGUUCACUGGAUGGCAAAGUACAAAAACUGAAAGAACGAGACUUCUCAAAGGUACAGUACCACGUUUCGCACGUCAACCCUCCGGCGGUCGUCAACUCGUCUUUGACCGUCUACCAGAAGUAUACGUUGUCCGACGCGUACGCCGGUAAGUCGUUCUUCUGGGGAUUGGCGCCACAGAACAACGACUGGAUCCGUUUCGAUUUGACGCCACCGGUUCGCAUUCAUAGCAUCAAAUUUCGGUCCGGCAACCCGGAACAUCCGGACGACUUGUUUAACAACGCUACCGUUGAGGUCGCCGACGCCUCCGUUGUCCACGCUGCUGUCGACGAGGAGCAGUUCAGAAACUUAGGCUGGUUCUCGGCGACCGGUUCGUUCUACGCCGUCGUCAACUCGCCCUCACCGAUCAGGACCGUUCGUAUCGUGUUUCAUAGCAAUUCGAGCAACUGGCUUGUACUGUCUGAGGUGUGGAUUCGAGCCGCUGAUUCAUGA